GCAAUGCUAUGUUUUUAGCAGCUGGACAAAUAUUCAGUUGAACACUCAUUAUAUGUUUUAAACUGUUUCUGAAUCAAUUUUUUCAUUCGUGAUCAGAAAUCGGACGAAGCUGCUAAACAUAAUCGACCAAAAAUAGUAGAAAGUGAUAAAAGUCGAAGCAACGAGAUGCGAUGAUUUUCAGUUUGGAGGAAACAAAACAACUUUACUCGGGUUUACACGUUUACUAGUGUGCGUAGGUGAAAAGUCACUUAUCUCUAGUUGAAACUAACAAAAUUUACGGUGCGCUUCGGACAGCACGCCAGGUCAAUACUGGGUCAAAAUCAACGUAUAAUGAAGGGUUUUGACUGUAGUUAGGUUGGAUCAAGGUCAAAACGAGUAUAAAUAAACUCGAACAAAAUGUAAAUUUUCUGCAAAUAAUGUUAGAUGCAGUUGUUUUCGACAGGUAUUCUAAUCGAAACGUUAUAUUUUACCAUUCUAACGAUAGCAGAAUCAUAAACUUCAAUUACUCGCAACUAUGGCAGGCGAUCGAAAGUGUAAAAACUGCUAUCCGCGACCUAAAGUUAUCAGAACAUUACUGUUGCUUUGCCGUUAGUUUGGAGCAUUCACCUGCUCUAAUUGCUGUUGUUGUGGGGCUCUAUUUUACCAAACAGCCGUUUUGUUGUCUGAAUAUCGGCUGUAACAUCAAAAAUAUCACGCCCUUGUUAAAACGCAUUGGCACACGGUACAUGUUCUGUAAUGCAAAUAAUGUAACCGGAAUUGAGAACUAUAGCUUCGACAUUAUAUUUGAACUCAAUUUAUUAGGUGAACAUAUUUGUCUAAUAAAGCUCAGCGCAGACUGGGAUAAUGUAACGGUCUGCAAUAAAAUUGCUUAUUGUGUGCUAAGUUCAGGAAGCACAGGGCAGUCAAAACUCGUCCAAGUACCUGCAAAUUGCAUUAAACCAAAUUUAGAUCAACUGGAAAAGAUCUGCACUAUAUCUCAACAAGAUCGCAUCUUUAUCGUUUCGCCUCCAUCGUUCGAUCCGUUCAUUGUAGACAUUUUCUUAGCUUUACGAAACGGAGCUAGCGUCAUAUUAGUCGCGAAUGAAAUCCGCCUCGAUCCUGAUCGAUUGUUACGAGUGCUGUUCGAUCGAAGUAGCGUUACUUUCAUGCAAAUUACCCCAUCCCUUUUUCGACGGUGGAAUGAGCGGACCAUACAGGAAGUCAUAUUUCAAAAGGAAACUUCGCUACGGAACUUGAUACUAGGUGGGGAACCAUUUCCAACCGAUUUACAUGUCCCGGUUGGAACUUCGACAAAUGUUUACAAUAUUUACGGCAUAACUGAGAUAUCAUGCUGGGCUUUAAUAGAAAAGGUGAAUGCAGAAAAUGUAGCCAGCAAGCAAGUAUCGCUAGGAUCUCCUCUAGACCAAACGAUUGUACUACAAUUGAGAGAUAUUGAUAGCAAUGAGGUCUUAGAUCUGCAUCAAACACCGUUUCCAAUUCGAGGUCAGCUGUUCGUAGGUAGUCGUACAAGAAAAUGUUUGGUGAAUGGCGAAUUAGCCAAAGAAAUACUACUAUCUGAAGGAGUAUGUUAUCGAGACACAGGCGAUGUCGUUGAACUUAGAUCAGAUGAAAAAUUUUACUAUUCAGAGCGAUGUGACCAAGUUAUAAAACGAUUUGGUGUAAGAGCUAGUCUUGCUCAUUUGGAACUAAUAUGCGAUCGAAAUCAAUCGAUUUCCAAAAGUUUUGCCGUAUUCGAUGCAUUCCACCAGAGAAUAUUUUUGUUCUAUACUGCAUGCGGUGAGACUGAUGGAAAAGACAUAGAAAUGCAAUUAAGAGCCGCCUUCAGGAGUGACGAGACUCCAGAUGAAUUCAUUGCAGUUAAUAGUUUUCCUUUAUCCGCUCAUGGAAAAAUCGAUAAGAAAGCGCUACUCAAUCACCACCGCAUAAAUAAUUGGGCAGUAUCGACUUCAGUGAAUUUGGACAUUGGCCAAUUUUUCACAGAUCAAAUGAAUAAACUUCUAGGAAUUCCCUUUGAAGAAAAAUGUCAACCCAAACGAAGAAAGUUAGAUUCCGAUCUUUCGUUUUUUGAUAUUGGAGGGACUUCAAUACAAGCAGUUCAACUGAUUACUUCAAUGCAAGAACAAUUUACUGCACCCAUAUCAAAUUUGAUUAAUCUUUUGUUGGAUAAAACCGUGUCACUUCGACAGAUUUAUUCUUAUCUACAGACUGUUAAAUUAUCAAAUAUUUCUGAGCCUAGCUGUGAAAAACUCAAAGCAAUGGACAAUGGAUUAUGUGCCAAAGCUUGCUUUAAUAUGAAUAGAUGUAUUGAUGCUACUCCUAGUGUUUUCUACAGCAAGAUUCGUGAUAAGACGGUUCUAGCAGUGGGGAGCCAUUCUCACAAAGUGAUCGUCAUAGACGCCAAUCAAGAUAACAGUAUGGUUUCGCAGCUAGAACUCCCAAAUCGAGUUGAAAGUUCUGUUACCUUUCUUAGUAAUCAGGAAUUUGGUUUGAUCGGAUGUUACGAUGGUUUUUUGUACUGUUUUGAUCUUUGGAACGGUGAAGUUCGUUGGAAAUUUAAUUCUAAUGGAAUGAUCAAAUGUAAAGCUUUGGUUAUUGGAUGCUCCAUUAUUUUCGGUAACUACAGCAAUGAACAAAACUUAUUUGCUCUAAAUUUGAGUGGUUCACUGGUUUGGAAUUUGAGACUGGGAACGAAAGGAAUUCUUUCGUCGCCUAUAAGUUUAAACAAUCAAUUAGCUUUUGUUGCUACCUUAGAUGGUACAUGCAGCUGUUUUAGGGUUGAUGAUGGUGCGGAGAUGUGGACGAAGAAACUUCAAUCAGCCAUAUUCGCCAAUAGUGUGUUCCUGAGUGACGAGCAAAUUAUUCUAGUUGCCGAAGUGCAAGGUAGCUUACACUGUUUUUCCAGCCAGUCCGGAAUUGAGUUUUGGAGGAUUUCAACUGUAGGGAACAUAUUCUCAACGCCCUUGAUACAAAGAUGUUUGGAUUCGAACAAGGUACUACUAGGAUGUCACGACGAGCAUCUGUACUGUUUUGAGUAUAAUAGUAAACGUGUCGUUGCAUUAAAAUGGAAACUAAAAUUGCAGUCGCCAAUAUAUGCAGGACCGGUGGCAUUAGAUAACGAAUAUGUCAUUGCUUGUAGUACAUCCGGUUACAUCAACGCGAUUUCUACGAACACAGUCCAAACAAAUUCGGUAGUCAAAUUGAACGGGGAGAUUUUUUCCACACCAGUUGUAGUCAAUUCAAAAACUCUGUUUGUUGGUUGUCGAGACAACAUCCUUUACAAGAUCUUUGUUGACCAGAAAAUGGUUUCUGAAUAAACCCGUCUCCAAAUGACGUUCUCGGUUUUUUGCUUGUUUUAUCCAUGACCACAUCACCACAAUAGCAACUCCACUGCGAAUAAUACGGAUUACUUCUGGAUGGGUCCACCGGCUUUGGUAACAAUAAUAGGUACAUGUGAUUUAUGCAAAGAAAAACAUUUCUUGGUUGAUAAUGAAAAGUCCUUUAUUUGAUCUUUCAAAGUGUUUUCCAUGUGGGAAACAUUACUGUUUUUCUUUUGCUGUACUUUUUGUUUUACACUGACUGCAACAGACUGAAACGGGCGUUCGAUAUUGUAUUCCGCGUGGAUUUUUCAUUCAAAUGAAUACAAAUGAUCUUUUAGCAAUAAUCCAGAACAAAGUAAAAGGGAUUUCUAUACGCUUUCCAUCUAAUAUGUAGGCGAAAACACAGCAUUUUUUUAGUUUUGUGGUUACUACUGAACAAUCUACAAUGAUUUUCGGCGUCGAAUAUAUUCAUAAGUUGUGAUAUACAAAGCAAGUUCAUGUUUCAUUAGAAAAUAAAUGAUUCUUUUGUCUUCCUAAAGCAUUGCUCUACCUAUUUCCUGUUAUUCUCGAGUACGGAAUGUUUGUGUUUUAUUGUAUCAGAUCAGCCAACAUUUCCUAAUUCGCAGGUUAUUCUUUCACAUUCUUUACAAAACAUAACUGUUUUGAAUUUGUCACUAAACAAUCAUUUUAUUUGUUGAUUUCGAUAAAUUUUGCAUACAUGUGGAUAGUACAACACAAGCAGAGGAAAACAAACGCUGGAAAAUAAAUAAAUGUAUGACGCUUUUGAAAAGCCGAUAUUUUCUGUAGAUUUAUCUCCCUUUUUGCCAUGCAGGUAUUUUAUCAUUCAUAAGUUCUUACAGCUUUUCUUGUUUUCAUGUGAAUAUGUGUGUGUAAAUUAGAUUAUUCUACUUUUUUUUUCUUUUUGCACAUUAUAAUAGUCUUUUUUACUCCCCCGAAAAGAGUUUUCAUAGUUUUCGUAUUCGUUUAUUUUUGGCCCUAAACCACUCGAAAUUCACAUAACAUUUACGUCGUACGCAGUGCAACAAACCGAACAGUUGACAUUUCUAAUAAAGUCAAAGAAAAAAGUCUCAAUCGGUUUGUGUACUUUUGGAAGUACGUCGCAUUGUUUUUUUUUUUCUUCUCUGCAGAAUUGAACAUUGCAGAUUCUAAAACUUUAUACUGACCAUGUGAAGUUAAUGUUUCGAAUAAAACAUAAACCAUGACAGAAAAGAUAAUGGUAUGAAUGCUGCUCAAAGAAAAAACAACAAAAUCAUACCAUGCAGUAUCCAUCCUUUUGGUGUUAGUAUUAAAAACGACUGUAGUACCCAUCAAUCAAAAAUGACGAUUGCUAUAGUUGCUAUUUCGUUCACUUGCUCCUUGCACAUCAUUCCUCCUAAAGAUGCUUCGAUGUUUGGUUUACUCUGUGUGACAAGUUCUCUUCUAAGGA